AUGAAAUAGUUUCCAAUCAAAAUGAUUACGGAGAUUUAGAAUUAUCACUUUAUAAAAAAAAAAUAGAUCUUGAUUAUCGUAAAAUUUAACACAAAUUUGGAUCCAUUAACAAAAUUUCACCUGAUAAGUUGGAUUAUCAUUAAAAUAAUCUAUGUUGUAAAUUGUUUAAGAAUGCAAAUAAAAGAAAAAUCAUUUAGCUUAGAGUUUAGACUAUUGAUCCACUUGUAGAAAAAUAUUUUAUAGACAACAGUGGAAAAUUUUUCAAUAGUUCAAAAAAUAAGGUCUAACACACUAUUAAGGGAAAACAUUAUGCUAUGUAACUUGGAACGAUACCUCUUUCUUCUAGAUCGAAAACUCCAACCUAAAAGACUUACAGUUAUUAAUAAACUAAUAGUCUAUUUUAUUAAGAAUCAAGGACUCAAAAAAUGAAAUCUUCUUGGGUCCAUUCAGAAUAAAACACUUGUCUUGAAAUCCAAAAGGCUUGUUCGGUUUAAUUGAAGGAAUAAAAGAAAUUACAAGGAAUAUAUUAAAGAUUGCGAAUUUGGAAUGCUAAUCAAUAUGAAAAUAAUUUUAUGAGACCUUAAAGCUGCAAAAAUCAAAAUUAG